AUGGACAGCAAAAACGUCGUCGUUUGCGACAACGGAACCGGAUAUGUGAAGUGUGGUUUUGCUGGUGAGAAUUUUCCUACCUCCGUUUUUCCUUGUGUUGUGGGGAGGCCAAUGCUUCGGUACGAAGAAUCCCUUACCGAGCAAGAGUUGAAGGAUAUUGUUGUUGGCGAGGGAUGUGCAGACCUGCGGCAUCAACUUGAUAUAUCUUAUCCUGUGACCAAUGGAAUUGUCCAAAACUGGGAUGACAUGUGUCAUGUGUGGGAUCAUGCAUUUUACAAUGAAUUAAAAAUUAAUCCUCAAGACUGUAAGAUUCUACUUACCGACCCGCCUCUUAAUCCCUCAAAAAAUCGUGAAAAAAUGGUCGAGACAAUGUUUGAGAAGUACAAUUUUGCUGGAGUGUUUAUCCAAAUCCAAGCUGUUCUAACAUUAUAUGCUCAAGGUUUGCUGACUGGAUUAGUUAUAGACUCGGGUGAUGGUGUCACUCAUGUGGUCCCAGUUGUUGAUGGCUAUUCAUUCCCUCAUUUGACAAAACGAAUGAAUGUAGCUGGCCGGCAUAUAACUGCCUAUCUCGUUGAUUUGCUUUCACGGAGGGGAUAUGCAGUGAAUAGGACUGCUGAUUUUGAGACUGUUAGGGAAAUCAAAGAGAAGCUAUGCUAUAUAGGCUAUGAUUACAAGAGGGAAUAUCAGUUGGGGCUUGAAACCACUAUCCUUGUUAAGAACUAUACUGUAAGUUGGCAUCCUGAAUUUCCUGAAAUCUGUAUGACUAGUUCUGUGUAA